CCGCAACGUACCCUACCAGGGCUCACAGUCCAGAAACUCUGCGCCGAUUCUUCCACGAUGGAGAGGCAGUUCCGCGACACGGGUUAUGCUCGCCGUCUGUACGCCAUUCUGCAGAGAGGGACGUGGGACAUCGAUACCGCGGUGUGUGUGGGCAUUGGCAGUUUCAGCGCCGAGUGGCAGAAUCGGUGGAGGUCGAUGUGGCAGUUGGUGCUGUUCCUGGGGGUGGUUGCGCAGUGUGGGUACAAUGAUUCCGCUGAGAUACGACUGUGCGCCCAAGAACCAUGUUUCAGCUCGCUUGACGAGGAGUUCCUCCAGACUCUUGGUAUCUCGGUGGUGGCUGAGGGUACUGAGAGGCAUAUCUCUCCUCGGACUUUUUUAUAUGCGCCGUUUCUCGAGCACGCGGUACUCAUGUCUGUGUUUUUGAGGGAUAAGGAUCCCAAACUAUAUAUUGGGAAUGAGAUUCGCUCGGACCAUAAAACGCCCGCACUUGUGGAGUACAAUGGAAUUGGGCGAAAGUUCGCCAGGGGCAGACGGUACUGGGUGUUGUCUGACUUUGAGCUGCACAAUGAUGCUCUGAAUGGGAUGUUUGUGUAUUUUCGGGAGGAGGGGGAUGAAGACGAGGAC